ACACUAGAGGUAAACAAGUGGAGGAUGGGGAACGUGGAAACGCACGAUCUGUCUCCCGUGAGGGAGCACGAAAGAAAGGAGCUGAACCUCAGCCGUAGGGUCAACUACAAACAAUACUGCAGGCACAUGAAUGGUGAAUCAUGUGAGACAAGUUUAAUAGAACUUCCCUGGUCCAUCGUGGAUUCUAUCUCCCUGUAUGAAAGAAUGGACGUCUCCUUCAAUGAGAUAUAUGAGCUUCCAACAGAACUUCCACUUCGCCUGCCACAUCUUCAGCAUAUUAACCUCAAUCACAACAGACUGUCAGAACUUCCGGAGAGUUUUGGGUUGUUAUUUCAUUUACGUGUCGUCCUCGUUAGCCAUAACAACCUCCGCAGCCUUCCCAAAUCCUUCACAAGAUUAGUAAAACUGGAAAAAAUUGACGUGUCUCAUAAUAAGCUCAAAGAACUGCCAGAAGACAUUGGUGAUAUGGAGGUUUUGGCUAAAAUCAACGUUAGUCAUAACAGGUUGAGGACAUUGCCCGAAUCCUUAGGACAAUCAGAAACUGUGCACAUUGUCCUUGCGGGGCAUAACAAACUGACUUACCCCCCUCAGAGCAUCUGUGACGAAGGCUCUGAAGCAACUGUCAAAUAUUUGAAAAAGUAUGCCACUAAAAAAGAACCCAAAGUAAAUUUGGAUAAAAAUGUUUUUAAGCGAGUUCGAGGGAAUCAACUGCACAGUUCUGUACCUAACCCUCAGUCAGCACAAGCUCAGUAUAUACAGAGUCAAACACACACAACUAAUACACCAAGCCGUAUCAAAACACCACUGCUGCCACCUCUGGAUGCAAGUGCUCUGGAUCCUCUGGACUUGAGGGACAGAAUCACUGGGUUGCUGUAUGGGGCUGCCAUAGGGGAUGCCAUAGGGCUGGCCACAGAGUUCAUGCCAGUGCAAGAGGCACAAUUUUACUACGAACCAGAGACCUUGACGUACAGUGACAUAGUGCGCGACCAGCACAGAGUACGCUGGAGGCAGGGGGACUGGACGGUGGAUUUUGAUCAAUGUGCUCUGGUGCUGGAUUCUCUUGACCAGUGGGGAGGCGUGGUGGAUGAACUGGACUUUGCCAAAAGACUUAAGCACUGGUCAGACCAUGGGUUCACCGAGUUAGGAGACUCUGAGGGCAUUGUGUUCAGUAAUACUAUAACCAAGGUCGUGAACACACCGUAUUUCACAGAGAAGCCUCAUAUUGCAGCCAGGUCGCUGGUGGAGCAGUCACAUGACCAGACGUGUGACCAGUCACAUGACCAGUGUGAUGGAGAGAACUGUAAUGGUGAUGUGGAUAUUCUCUGUGAUAAUGCUGCUCUGUCCAGGUGUCUUGUCCUAGGUGUUCCACAUUUCCAUGACUACCAGGAGGUGGUUGCUAACACGCUGAGGAUCUGCAAGGCCACCCACAGUGAGCCCCGGUGUCUGGCAGCAGCCGUCAUGGUGGCCGCUACAGUGGCGCUGCUUUUACAGGGCAAGCAUGAUGUGGCUAAGCCAGAAGAGCUGGAGAAGAUGAUAGCAAUGGCUGCUGAACUAGCCAGGAGACAGCUCACCACAGAGAAACAGUACAAGGAGUUUGAUCAUAUUAUCAGUGUUACACAGUUUGAUAGCCUUGACCUUACCAGUCCAUCAACAAUGAGUUUUGUAUACACCCCACUGGCAGCUGGUCUGGCAGCACUCAGAGACCAGAGAGAUUACAGAGAGAUCAUCACAGACCUAAUUAUGCGUGGAGGGGACAGCAACAGCAAUGCUUGUAUAGCAGGGGGGUUCCUGGGGUGCAGGGUGGGUUACUCACAGCUCCCCACUCCCUGGAUCACGGGGCUCAGGAACAGACAGGCAGAGUGGCUCAACGCUAAGAUUAACACCCUGCUGGACAUGAUGGGUAUACCGUAGUUUUGACACUACCCUCCAAUAUCAGGAGCCUCUUAAAUAGUUUAAUAAAUUGGGGAUAUCAUAGGUUUGUGGUCAGGCACAGAUGUUGACCCUUGUCACGUCUAGUGGUACACUUUAAUGGACUGGUCAAUUUUGAGAGAUUGUCAACUUUAUAGCCUGGCUAAAUCAGUGGUAAAUGAAUUGGAUUUUUGUUGUUCAAGUUGCACCUCUACUGUCUGAGGUCAGCAUCUGAACACAGCCUGGGAUAUUGUAUUUCUAAGACAAAAUACUGUAUGGAUAUAUAUUGCUCAAUGCAGUCAACUAUGAAACUCAGACAUGAUUAAGGCAGACAUUUCAAUGUCAUUUUUAGGAGGGGGAGUGUAAUAUCUUGUUGUAUAUUUUGUUAUAUAUGUGCAAAUAUUACUAUGAAAAUGCAAGUCAAUUUUUCAUAUAUUUUCAUAUUUUUUAUUUCUCAGCUAGUAAAUGUGCAAGCUAACUUGGGAGGGAAGGAUUUAUAUAAAGGUACAUGUAAUAGUACUUUCCAGAAGGGUUUGGUUUAUAUGGAAACAACUACAUGUAUUUGUGCAGGCAAUUUCUAAUUCUUCUUAUUUUUUCUAGUCAAAUGUUAACACAUCUUGAGCCAAGCUGGUUACACCCUGAGUUACACCAGGUGUGCCAAGGUAUGCUGAUAGUGGGGGUGGUUCUCAGUUACCUCUCAUACUCUGGGUGAAUGGCCACAUCAGAGGGUCAUAUCUAGUCAAGUGCUGCUUUUUUCUAUUUUUUAAGAAAUGUACAUGUAUUUUUAAUGUGUAUCCACCACAAUGGCAACUAAAUGAUAUAUUUUAUCCAGUGCAGAUAACUUUGUAUAUAUUAUAGACAAUAUAUGGUGACUUAUAUUAAAUCUUUAAGUUGACAGUAUAGAUCAAGUCAGAUUCUAGAUGUCAAAUUUUAUUUCAUUUUAUGAAAAUUUUAUUUUUUAUUUCCCCAAGUCGACUGGUUUUAUGUCAGCCACCCCUGCCCUAAAAUAACACAGACAAGUGAAUGCUGUUUCAUUUUGUCAAACCCCAUUCUCUAUACAAAGUUUAGUGAUAUUGUUAUACAUAUGCCCUGAAAAUAUGUCCCUUUGCACAUCGAGCUGUAAAUCGGGUUUUGCUGAUGUUUUUACAUUUCUUUACUGUAUAUUAUAUUAUAUUAUAUUAUAUUAAAUGAUAUAAAAUGUUGGCUCAUUUUUUCCACUGCUUGUGAAAGUCCCCUCUUGAUGCAGUUAAUGUCUGUUCAAGCUAUGUAAUUGUUUAACAUGGGUGUUCAGUUAGUCGAGAGGUAAACUUUGUGGAAGGGAUUAUGAGUUUGGGGUAUAACGUAUUAGGGGUGAUAUGUUUUAUCUUGGUUAGCAAAGGGGGUGUUUUAUAUGGGGUUUAUUUUACUUUAAGUGCCAUUAGAUUUUUUUCAAUAGUUGAAUGGUAAGCGUUACCUUAAUGUCCCUCAGUGAUUAGAUGACUGUCAACCUAAAGAUUAUAAGCAAUGGAAUGAUUGGCGUUAUUAUUAUUAUUGUUCAAAGACAAAAACUGAUAUUUGGUUUAGACAUUGUACAUUCCAUUUUAAGAGAAAAAUUUCCCUGGUGCAGAUGAUUUUCAUGUGGGAGUAUAGUAUUUUGAACAAAAGAUAAUUUUUGAAAAUAAUUUUAAUAAAGUUUUGUUCAAUUGUGCAGUUAUCAGCUGAAAAUGUAUUUGAAAUAUACCUAUUUUAGCAAAGUACAUACGUGUUAUUGAGCUGAGAGAAGCUACACUGGAUCCACCAAACAUUUUAACCAGUCCUCUACUUGCUUGUGCAUAUUCCUAUUUACAUAUAUGUAAACGGCUGAUUACUGCUGCAAUAUGGUAGGUACAUGAAUAUCACGUAGAUAUGUGUUAUUACAUGUUAUAGUUUUGAAAUUCUAUUCUUUAUGUGGUGCACUUUUGGCACGCGUCUGUUCAAUAUGCCCAUUGUAUGUGGCUGUGCUACAAGCGAACAUUCCAAAUACAUGUGUAGGUGUGCAUGAGAUACAGUGAUUGCUCGAUCUUUUCAAUGGGGGAAAUUGUUAUUUUUACAGAUACUACAUAUUUUAAGUCGUGACUUCUUAAGUUAAUUAGAAAAUUUAUGUUGAGUGGUAGGAACAAUAUUAAAUAGCAGACAGUUUUAUGAUUCUGUACCACGCAGUAAAAACACCACAAACGCUGUAAAGAAAUAUUUGUGAUUAUAAAAUUAUGUAUCUGAAAGUCUGAUAAUUUUUCCCAUUGAAAAAGAUCGAGCAAUUACCGUAUAGGGAGGCCAACGUUUUUACCGUCUCACAAUUAUGAACUGACUCAUACCAGAGUUAUAGAAGUCAAGUCUUGUACUUUUGAUAUAUUUUGCUGAAGUAUGAGGAGGCGGUCAGUUUUGUCAUUUGUAUGUUAAGAGUUGUAACUGUUAUUACUGUUAUUGUGAUCAUUGUUGUUGUAAUGUUGGCUAUACGUUAAAAUGAACGUAUUGCGGAGGGAGGAUUUGAAUAAAGAAAAUCCACGUUGGUGAGUUAAAGAAGCGGAUUGCAAUAUUUAUGUUUA